AUGGAGCUUAGUUUUGUUUUCCUCUCCGCAGGGCAAAUCUAUCCAAUCUGCAUUGAUUUAAGUCCCACGGAGAAAAGGGAAGUGGGGAAUGCUAACACAUUCGAUGCCUAUGGCUGGGGAAAAACUCGGACAGCCAACAUAAGUGAAAUUCUUCAGAGAGUCACACUCGAUCACUACGAUCGCAGUAGGUGCAACAGGAUAGGUCGUUUGCCACUUACCUUAAAUCAGAUUUGUGCUGGGUCCUCGGACAGAGACACCUGUGAUGGCGAUUCUGGCGGACCGCUGAUCCAAAAAGUUAAUUAUAAUGGCACUCGACAUCUGACACAGGUGGGAAUGGUGAGCUAUGGUUUAAAAUCGUGCGAAGGACUAGGGGUCUAUACCGAUGUCACUAGCUAUGCUGACUGGAUUGAGGAAAAGAUUGAAUCUCUAUUUUCCGAGUAUUCUUCACCCACUGCAGCCAUCGUCAAUACGGUCUCCAUUAGAACUCCAACUGAAACAGCUGUUUUCGGUGCCGAGAACUUUGUCCGAGGCCGAUUAUUAUUCAAACCAUGCGGAACUUCACUGAGUACGAGAAUUAUGAAUGGUUACAACGCCGAACCGGAGGCUGCAGCUUGGAUGGCCAGAAUACAUAGUAAUGAAACUGGGUUUGUAUGUGGUGGCACUGUCAUUCACAGACGCUUUGUAUUAACCGCCGCUCAUUGCUUAAGAGACAGACAAGAGGAAAACCUAUUUGUGGAGUUGGGAGGAUACGACAUACGGCUUCCAGCCCAGGAGUAUAGUGUCAGAAAAAAGAUUAUUCACGAUGGAUUUGACCUAAGACUAAAGACUCAUGAUAUUGGCCUCUUGCUACUAUCACGUGUUAUUGAGUUUAGUUGGCAAAUCUAUCCGAUCUGCAUUAUUCUGAAUCUGCAAGUUAGGAGCAAAGUCGAAAGGGCUUUUACAUUCGAUGCCUAUGGAUGGGGAAGAACAAAUAGCAGCCUAACAAGCAACCUCCUUCAGAAAGUCAAUCUCGAUCGAUACGAUCGCACUGGCGGUCCCCUGACAAAAAAGGUCAUUGUAAAUGGGAUUCAACGUCAUACGCAGUUCGGGAUCACAAGCAUUGGAACCAGGAACUGCAAUGGAAUAGGAGUUUAUACCGAUGUCACUAUUUAUGAUUACUGGAUUGACGAGGAAAUUGAAGCUCUAUUUCCCAAGUAUUCCCGGCAGUCUUCACCCACUGCUAUCGCGAAACAGAUAUCCAUUAGACCUCCAACUGAAACAGCUGUUUUCGGUGCCGAGAACUUUGGCCGAGUCCGAUUAUUAUUCGAACCAUGCGGAACGAGAAUUAUUAACGGUUACAACGCCGAACCGGAGGCUGCUGCUUGGAUGGCCGGCAUACAUUAUGAAUCUGAAUUUAUAUGUAGCGGCACCGUCAUUCACAGACGCUUUGUAUUAACCGCUGCUCAAUGCCUAAUAGACAGACAAGAAGAAAACCUAUUUGUAAAGUUGGGAGAAUACGACAUUAGGCUACCAGUUAGAAUGAAGAUUAUUUACGAUGGAUUUGACCGAAGUCGAAUGAAUCAUGAUAUUGGCCUCCUGCUACUAUCACGUGAUAUUGAUUUUAGUCGGCAUCUUUUUCCGAUCUGCAUUAUUCUGAAUCUGGAAGUUAGGAACAAAGUCGAAAGUGCUUUUACAUUCGAUGCCUACGGAUGGGGAAGAACAAAUACCAGCCGAACAAGCAACCUCCUUCAGAAAGUCACUCUCGAUCGAUACGAUCGCAGUAGGUGCAGAGAAGAAUUUGAAAUGUCUCUUUCUUUAAGUCAGAUCUGUGCUGGAUCUACUGUAGGAGAUACCUGUGAUGGCGACUCUGGCGGUCCCCUGACAAAAAAGGUAAUUCUAAAUGGGAUUCAACGACAUACGCAGUUCGGGAUCACAAGCAUUGGAACAACGGUAUGCAAUGGAAUAGCAGUUUAUACCGAUGUCACCAGUUAUGUUGACUGGAUUUUGGAACAUGUUAGGAAGUUUCAGACUAACCUAUAUUACUCCUAG